CCGCUAUAAAAUUUGCAUUCGCACAUCACAUGAUUUAGAAAAUGAGGCAACGUGCGCGCGAGUGCGACCUGCUGUGACCUCCAUUUAUCUACAUUUUUUUUCUUCCUUCCCUCCAAUGACAAGACGUGAUGAUGCAGUUGAAUGAGUUUUUGGUUCUUACCGCUGAUACGACAACAGUAUCCGUUUUCACUUCCCGUCUAGCUAGCCGUCUUCCAACCCAAAGAUGAAUCGAUCCAUAAUUUUACUGCUCUGGAUACUUCGUGUGGGAGAUGGUUUGUAGCGAAAAUUUUCACCUUCAAACUACCUACUUUUUGUUGGGAGCAUGAGAGUAGAUUCGGUCUGCCGUGUGUGGCAACACUUGUAUACCUCACCGAGAGGGGCUGGCUCUCGAGAAAGCACCAAUAGAUUACUGUCAUGGCGUCCACCUAAUAUUGUCUCGUUUCUCUUGUCGUCGGUCCUCACAACCCAACAGACACAGGCACAAGGAAUACUCAUCUACCCGGAUGAUGGAAGUUCAGAAAAUGAGGCGAUUCCACUAAGACCUCUCUUGAUAACAAACGGCAAUACGACUGAAGGCGAAGAGACACUGAUCCAGGUUGUACGGAGUCAAGUUACUAGGAUCCUUUCAUAUACGGAUGAAAAAGUUCGUGCAGAAGUGUUGUUCACCCAUUUGUUGUUAGUGGAGACACAAUUUCGACAAAUGCAGACAAACCUUCAACAAAUUGUUAGCGAAAAAGCGAUACUUUCUGCUGUAAAUAAAUGCCAGUCAGAAAGUCUAUGGAUUGUGAAAGCCCGAAGUGCAAUCGAAGAUGUUGAAAGGCGAUUCAAAAUAGCAAGAGUUACACUCUCAAAUGAAGAGGCAGCAGGUGCUACCGACGACUUUGAAUACAGCAGAAGACUUAGGGAAAAACGCUGGAAAACGAUCUUUAAAGAUCAUAAGGGCAACUGGGAGAUAGAUGAGUUAAUAACUAAAAUUCAAAGCAAGAACAGCGAUGUGAAAGCGUUAGAGGAUUUUGCAAAAGACAUUUCUGUGGCUUACUCGUUAUUAUCUGAUGACAUUCAAAAUACAAUGUUAACAAAGGGUACGAUGACCGGUCCGUCACUUACUGUAUAUUUAACGAAAAAUACGAAAGCAAGUUCUGCGGUCGAAUUGUUACUGUCCUUGUAUGAUUUCGAGCCUCCCUGCCACGCGGGAAAAAAAGCAAUGCCAACCCUAAUACCAGUGAAAAUUAACGAUUAAACCGAUGGCGGAGAAACUAACAAGAAAACAGAUCAAUGUAAACUAGAAAUUACAGUUAACAUGUGUAAAUUUAUGUUAAAAAUAGCUAACAGACAUCAUUGGUUUCUUUCUCGUUAAAAAUGGGAAUAAAGCAGGAACGAUAAUCAGUCUA